UGUACUUCUCGGAAUGAUCCCUUCUGCCUUAGGCAUCAACAUCGGAUGUUUUUGGGAAAGUCACCCGCCGAACCUCCGUUUUGCACAAUCUCCAACGUCGGGCCAUCUCCUGCUCAGCUUGACUGACAUUUCGCGAUCCUCCCCCUCCACACCACCCCGUCAAUUGGACCCGAUCAACCCCGCUGGGAUCAUUCACCAUGUCCGCUCCCUCCCUCGCCAGCUACAUCGUCAAGCGCCCCUUCCUCAAGCGCUGGAUGAUGCCCAUUGCCCAGUGGUACACCGAUGCCUCUGGUUACAGGAGACUCGGCUUGAAGGCUGAUGACCUGAUCCCCGAGGAGAACGACGUCGUCCAGAAGGCCCUUAAGCGUCUCCCUCCCAAGGAGGCCUACGACCGUGUCUUCCGCAUCCGCAGAGCAUUCCAGUGCUCCAUCUCUCACACCCUCCUUCCCGCUGCUGAGCAGACCAAGCCCGAGGAGGAUGUCGAGUACCUGAGCCCCAUCAUCCGCGAGAUCGAGAAGGAGAAGCAGGAGCGCGAAGACCUCGACGCCCUUGUCGUCAGACGGUAGAUUAUGCCUCUGAUGGCUUCGCUGAACUAGAUUACUUUUGUUACGGUAUACAAAAAUGCCGCUGGGGUUUUAUAGACGGGCGGGUAUCACUAAGUAUCAGAGAGAACUACUUGCUGUCCCGGCUCGGCUCGGCGGGCAUGCUGCGAAGAAGAGAGGGGGAAGAGAGCAUUUGGCUGGUCGUUAAUUGAAGCUUUUGAUUUAUGGUGCUCAAUCACGUGUACUGAUACUGUACAAAUUCACUCGUCAUCGUUCUCUAGUUGGCUGUAGCAGAC